AUGGCCCCUAUUCGCACCGCCCUCAUUGGCCUCUCCGCCUCGGCCAAAACCUCUUGGGCCGCCGUCGCCCAUCUCCCAUACCUCAUCUCCCCGCGGGGCAAGUCCAAGUAUCAGAUCGUGGCUCUCUGCAACAGCAGCGUAGAAGCUGCUCGCAAAUCUAUUGAGCACUUUAAACUCCCCGCAGAGACAAAGGCAUAUGGCGACCCCGAGUCUCUUGCAGCUGAUGACGAGAUCGAUCUAGUGGUUGUCAUCACUCGCGUCGACGUCCAUCAUUCAACUGCCUUGCCGAGCGUCAAAGCUGGAAAGGCAGUCUACGUGGAGUGGCCUUUAGCGCAGGACGAAGAGCAUGCUAGAGAACUUGCCACUCUCGCCAAAGAAAGCGGUAGCCGCACCGUUGUUGGCCUUCAAGGUCGGGUUGCACCACCCAUCGCCAAGAUUCAUGAGCUUCUGCAGCAAGGACGCAUCGGAAAGGUCCUUAGUAGUGAGCUUCGUGCAUCUGGAGGCACCAAUGAUCGUGAGAUAUUGCCAUCCGGAUUGACUUACUUUACUCGGCGCGCUGUGGGAGGCAAUAUUUACACAAUCGGCCUUGGUCACCUCUUUGAUCAAGUUCAAUAUGUCCUGGGAGAUAUCGCCAACUUCAAGAGCCGCCUCCACCUCCAACGCCCCAACGUCAAAGUCCGUGACCCAGCAACAAACAAAAUCAUCGAGACCGUAAAGUCCGACGUACCAGACCUGAUUUUUGCAACCGGCACUCUUAAAGGAUCAGAGACAUCCCAAGAAGGCGCAAGCGUACUCAUCCGCUUCCGACGAGGCCAGCCCUUCCCAGGAGAGGCUCCCCUCGUCUUUACCAUCAACGGUGAAAAGGGAGAAAUCAGACUCAAGGCCGAGGGUGGAACGGGUCUGCAUGCUAAUAGCUACGAUGCACCCGUGACUAUUGAGGUUGAUGACUUUGAGACCGGCAAGGUUGAGGAGAUUGCUUGGCAGUGGCAGGACUGGCAGGAAGAGCUCCCCGUUGUCAGCCGUAGCGUUGCUGCUGUCUAUGAGAAGUUUGCAGAGGGAGAUAGGAAAGGACUGGUCUCUUUUUAUGAUGCUCUUUUCCGCCAUGAGCAGUUGAAUGGGUUGUUGAGAGAAUGGGACUCGGAUAGCUCCAGGUAG